AUGCCGUACUUAGUGCGCAGCAAGCCAGUCUCCAAAGGGCUCUUUCGGACAUUGAGAACCUCAAUUAUUAAGCCAGUGGUGAUCCCGGCUAACGGACUGAUAUCAAUUCCAACUCUCCGUACCAAUUCUCUCGGGAGACCCUCAUUGCGGAAACAGUCUGGUGGUGGUAUCUCUUCUCAUCGAUUUUAUUCAACUUCCACUGCAAUGGCAAGCUCCGAACUCAAGCAGACUCUGACCCCAACCCUUCUCAAUGACGUGCACAAGUUGUGGUUCGAUCAUCUAAGCAGCGAGGAGGCACUCAUCCUGCCUGGAUGGGGUGAGAUGGGGAAGUGGUUUUCUCGUGACGACGAUUUCGACAAGGCCUGCGGCAAAUUCUGCCCUGCCCUGGACAAAAUCAUUGAAUCCGGGGCAUCAGCUUCGGAUAUUCUAUCAGCUGUCAACCCAUCCUCCCCGUUGGACUGGCUCAAUCUGAUCAUUCUACUUGACCAAAUUUCCCGCAAUUGCUACCGGGCAGCCGAGUCCAAGGUGGUGUUUGGGAAGUUCGACCCAUUAGCCGAGGAAAUUGCCCUCAAGGCGAUUGAACAAGGGAUACCGACCCAAUCACCGUAUUACAGGUAUCGCAUAGCUUACCGCACGUGGUUCCAUAUGCCUCUGAUGCAUUCGGAAAGUUUAGCUGUACAUGAGCAAGCUAUCAAGGUGCAUGAGGAUACGGCCAGGGAUGUGAAUGAGCUUCUAGCCAAGGACCCAUUAACUCUAAGUGAAGAAGAAAAGAUUUGUCACACUGUUUUAUCCGGGAAAGCGGAGGCGCUCCAAGCACUCUUGAGCAGUACAAUGGACUUUGAGAAGAGACACAAAGUCAUCAUUGAGCAGUUUGGACGAUACCCGCAUCGAAACCAGGCCUUGGGGAGAGUGUCUACUUCAGAGGAAAUUGAGUACUUGGAAAAUGGAGGGGAGACUUUUGGGUGA